AUGUCUUGGCUCGCAGGGUACGGCAAAGAAAGUGAAGAAAAUGACAACCUAGGAGUCGACUGGGUUCUACAAUAUGAAUUUGGCGAAAUUGAACAAGCUCAAGCUAUCACCGAGUUCCGAACGCUUAUCCAUGAUCUGAGCGAAGCUGGUCUUCGCGUUCAGGUCCGACACGGACACGGCUCAGCACUGUUGGUGUGUAUACGAGUCCCGCGAGAUCAUUUGGGGAAUUUGGUACAUCAGUCUAGAAUUAAGGAUUGGUUAUUUGGCAUUACGCAUACAUUACCAGACGGCGAUGAGACGGCAAUCGCUGAUGCCGAUACACCUGCCGAGGAGAUCCGUUCAGUUUACCAUGCUGUUACGUGGCAAAAGCAGUUAGGCGGUGCUGGGAUUACGCCAGGGUUUGGAAAAUGGAAGAAUGUUACUGCCUCGUUUCCGUUGCACGACCAGGAGGCCUGUGCGGGGAUGCUGCGGCAAUGGAGUCGCAAGACCGUGUUGACAACGAAAGAUUUAGACGCCAUCCGAGCAUUGUUUGGUGAGAAGGUCGCAUUCUAUUACGCCUUUAUUCAUUGCUAUUCAUUAUUCCUGGUAGUUCCUGCCGGGUUAGGCAUUCUCGGUUGGCUAUAUUUGGGACCAUAUUCAAUCACAUAUGGAGUUAUACUUUGCACCUGGUGCAUUGUGUUUGUCGAGUACUGGAAGAUCCGAGAGGCCGACUUGAGUCAGCGAUGGGAUGUGAAGGGUGUUGGGCAACUGAAAGUGAACCGCAAGCAGUAUGUGUGGGAGAAAGAGGUCAAGGACCCGAUCAGUGGACAAGUCAAGCACGUUUUCCCAGGGUGGAAGCAGUUUUCGCGCCAGAUGCUUUUGGUGCCAUUUGCAUCUGUGGCUAGCGUCGCUCUCGGCGCAUUGAUUGUGGCGUCAUUUGCGGGAGAAGUGUUCAUCUCAGAGGUCUACGAUGGCCCGUUCAAAGGGUAUCUCGAAUUUGUGCCGACCAUUCUAUUCUCGCUCUCGUUGCCCGCCAUAACUUCGUUUCUAACGAGCAUCGCCACCCGCUUGACCGACUAUGAGAACUACCGCACGCAGGAUCAAUACGAUCUCGCACAGACGCAGAAGACAUUUGUCAUGAACUUCAUCACAUCUUUCCUCCCGACAAUACUCACUGCCUAUAUUUAUGUUCCAUUUGGCAAACACAUUGUGCCACGUCUUGACAUUUUGCGGAUCGCAGGCUUAAAGUCCGACUUGCUGAGCGGACAGAAGGAGUUCGAAGUCGACACCAGCCGUUUCCAGCAAGAAGUAAUCUAUCUCUCCAUGACUGCCCAAGUACUGAGCUUUGGCGAAGAGAUUGUUAUACCGUAUGUCAAGCAUGUCCUUUGGCAGAAAUGGCAAAACUACCAAGAUCGCAAGGCCGAAUACGGUCGCAAACGGAGCUAUUCCAAAGCCACCGACUUAUUGCUGAUUGACCUACCCGAGGAAGCAGACUUCCUCACUCGACUCCGUGGCGAGGCUAGUGCAGACGAGUAUCACGUUGAGGAGGAUAUCCUGGAGAUGUGUGUACAGUUUGGAUAUCUGGCACUGUUUGGAGUCGCGUGGCCAUUGGUUCCACUUGGAUUCUUGUUGAACAAUUGGCUAGAGCUACGAGGUGACUUUUUCAAGCUCACACUGGAGUGCCAGCGACCACCACCCAUCCGGGCAGACUCGAUCGGCCCAUGCCUGUUGGGAUUGGAUUUCCUAGCCUGGCUGGGUACCCUGUCUACAGCAGCAAUUGUCCACGUUUAUCGAGGACCCAUCUCCGAAGUGCGACUGUCAUAUCUUUUGUUGACAAUCUUCAUCGCCGAGCAAGCGUAUCUCGGAAUGAAAUUCACAGCCAGCACAGCGCUGGAGAAAAUAUUCUCCGACACUAUCCGACGCGAAGAGGCCCGUCGGUACGCUGUGCGUCAAAAUUAUUUCGCAGCUAGUCUAGCAAGAAACUCAUCCCCGAACUCCGGCUCUCAAGGCUCGCCCAAUGGCCGGGUCCGCCCUCGAGUCCGCUUCAACGAGCGGGUCAACGUGUAUAGUGCGACUGAAAAAGCACCAUCACCCGAUGGCACACCCUCACCCACCAAAGAGGAGCCAGAAGGCGAUGUACUUCGAGGGUCCGACCGUGAAGCCCAAUUCUGGAGCACACCGUCGCAGGAUAUGGGCGCGGACGCAGGCGUCAAGCUCAUUCGUGCACUGAGCACAUCCAAAUCGGGAGAUGGGCUUAAACUGUCGAAAGAAGCCUAG